AUGGCCCUAAUAUCACCAAGCCCCGUGAGGGCUGUACCUCCCAGAACAAUAUUCGACGAAGAACGAGAAAUGAACGAGAGGGCGAAAAAAGAGUUUGAAAACGCUCGAAACGACGCGCUUCGGGCGGGGUUUGAGGCCGUGCACAAAGCUCGAGAGCAGCUCGACGACUUGCAAGCAUUGAUUGAGGACGAAAAUUGGGGUGGUGUAAGGCAGUUCACGAGACUUUUCAAUAACUCGGUUGAGAGGGAGGGAAUGGAGGCGAUUGCAUCAAAGUUACCUGAGAAAUCUGACCGUAUGGCCGCCCUCGAAGUAGCGCGAGGCAUGACGAGUAGUUUGAUUCAAAUUGAUCGUUGUGCGCUGCAGAAAGAUAGGACCAAAGCGAUACUGGGCGUUGACGAGGUCCGCAAGGCUAUAUCUCGCUUUGAGUCAUUCAAACCCUGA